AUGGUGGACCACUUGCUCCCAGUAGACGAGACCUUCUCGUCGCUGAAACGCCCCGUUGGUUUUCUGGGUGACGGGCGGGCGUACCAUAUGCUGCCCUCGCCCCUCUCCGAGGACGACAGCGAUGCCUCCAGCCUCUGCUCCUGCGCCAGCCCCGACUCGCAGACCCUGUGCUCCUGCUACGUCGGUGGCCGGGGGCCCGAGGGCCAGGACAGUAUCCUGGACUUCCUGCUGUCCCAGGCCACCCUGGGCGGCGGCGUUGCGGCUCACGGCAGCCCCAUGGCCUGGGGGGCCUGGCGGAAAACACCGGCCCCCGUGAAGGGGGAGCAUUUCAGCUUCCCCGAGUUCCCGGUGGGCGACCCUGAUGACGUCCCUCGGCCCUUCCAACCCACCCUGGAGGAGAUCGAGGAGUUUCUGGAGGAGAACAUGGAGCCAGCGGUGACGCAGGCCCCCGAGGGCAGUGGCAAGGGCUUGGACGCCUGUGGCCAGCUCUCCACCGGGCCACACAGGGGCCACCUCCACCCCGGGGCGGGUGGCAGAGAGCGCUGCGCCUCACCUCUGGGGGCCGGUGCAGCUGGCAGCCAAGGCCCGGCUGGGGGCCCCACCCCCGACACCCCAGUCCCACUGCUGCUGCAGAUCCAACCGGUGCCGGUGAAGCAGGAGUCGGGCGCCGAGCCUGCCUCCCCGGGGCAGCCCCCCGAGGCCGUCAAGGUGGCGCAGCUGCUGGUCAGUAUCCAGGGCCAGACCUUCACGCUUGUGCCCCAGGUGCUGCCCUCAUCCAGCCUCAGCUUGCCCUCCAAGUUCGUGCGCAUCGCCCCUGUGCCCAUCGCAGCCAAGCCCCUUGGGUCAGGACCCCUGGGGCCCGGCUCCACAGGCCUCCUCGUUGGCCAGAAGUUCCCCAAGAACCCGGCGGCCGAACUCAUCAAAAUGCACAGGUGCACUUUCCCCGGCUGCAGCAAGAUGUACACCAAGAGCAGCCACCUGAAGGCCCACCUGCGCCGGCACACGGGCGAGAAGCCCUUCGCCUGCACCUGGCCGGGCUGUGGCUGGAGGUUCUCGCGCUCGGACGAGCUAUCGCGACACCGGCGCUCGCACUCGGGCGUGAAGCCCUACCAGUGCCCCGUGUGCGAGAAGAAGUUCGCCCGCAGCGACCACCUGUCCAAGCACGUCAAGGUGCACCGCUUCCCGCGCAGCAGCCGGCUGCAGCGGCCCUGA